UGCAUUCUGCUAGAACUUCCGAACGCGCAAGUACGUGACCAUGUUGUAUUCAAACACGAUCACAGGGAUUGAACAGCUUUUCAAUAUGACUAAAACAAUAGAUAACGUAAACCCAAACGUUUACGACAAGGGUUCAGAAAGAGUAAUAACUGAUGCGGAUCGCGAUGAAAAUAUUGUUGACGAGUUUGAUCGGCGGGAAAUAUUCGACAUGAUACGAAACAUAAAUGACCCUGAGCAUCCUCUAACAUUGGAAGAAUUAAAGGUUGUUGAAGAAGAUGGCGUGUUCCUAGACAACCAGAAUAACAGUAUUCUCAUUAAAUUCACCCCCACGAUCCCUCAUUGCAGCAUGGCAACUUUAAUUGGCCUAUCCAUACGCGUGCAGCUUCUCCGAGCGCUCCCCACGAGGUUCAAGGUCACCGUACAAGUCACAGAAGGUACCCAUGCUUCAGAAGAUGCUGUCAACAAGCAGCUUGCUGACAAGGAGAGGGUCGCAGCAGCACUGGAGAAUUCCAACCUCCUUGCCAUUAUCAACCAAUGUAUUAUGGCCAAGAACUUAUGAUGAUAGAUGAUAAUUUAUAUUUGUAAAAUUUGAAUUGGAAAAUUCCAGAGAUGAAAGUAGACACCUUAAUCUGUCUCAGAUAUUAAAGUGUCAAUUGGAAAAAACUUAAACACACCCUAAUGUCUGAUAUAUUGCCAAAAGAUGAAUGAUAAUGGACUAAAAUUGGCCUCUGAAAUGUGAUGAGAAAACCAGGGGCGAAUCUAUAUCCCCUAUAUUGCUAUGGGAUGAAGGAUAAGUACCCUAAAGGUAACACACUAUAGGGUAUCCUAUGUUUGAUGGUAUACAUUAUUUUAUAAGUAACUGAAAAUAAUACGAAAAAGAAAUUCUUUUAAAUCAGCAUGAAAAUUGGUUGAAAAAUAAAGCAGUUAUUCAUACUUGUAAUAUUGUUGAGUGCAAAAGUUGACGCGUGGUUGGGUUAUCGCGCUAUCUCUUUCACGCACACAUCGAUAUACGCGGUGACGUCACAGUUUGUAUUACUUUAUUAUCGAGUGGAUUUUGAAAAUUCUUUUUACAUUACAUUUUGGAUGACAUACAUUUUGAUAAAUGUAUUUAAAAAUAAGUAAACUACCCUAUGUUUUCAAUUUUUUUUUCCACAUGAUUCGACUUAUCUUUAUUUGGUUUUGUUGCUAAUAUUUUAUCAAUAGUGUUUCGCAUAGGGUGAGUGGGGAGGACGAGGUUCCGCUAUCAACCACCCUAUUAGGGAUGGUCUAACCAAACCAUUACUUCCGAUCAAAGACCAGCUUAUACUAAACCUUACAAAUGGAUCUUAAGUGAAAUGUUGAAUUUAAAAAAAGAAGGGAGUAUUGAUAGACAAUGAGAGAUUACUAUAAAUUGUACUUAAUAACAACUCGAUAGAUAAUGCAAUGCUUAAACAGUAUGUAAGGUUACUUCAGUGACCCAUUUUGACCUAUAUCGAACAUGUUAGAGCUGUCAAAAGAUUAAUAAAAAUAGACUUUAUUUUAUGCCCAUUUAAGUUGCUCUUAAAGUGCUGCCUACAGCCGCUUAUCAGUUUUUGUUCUCUGUAUCGGACUCCGCAGUCUACAGCCGAGGAAACUUGCGAAUGGUAUUCUGGAAUCCCCAGAUUUAGCGGCUGCAGGGUCAUGAAGGAAAUUUGAGGUGAUAUCUAGGCAAGGGAAGUGUGGGGAAAGAAAAGGAAUCGUUUUAGGAUAGGCAGAGGGGUGGCCAGGAAACGUUCGCGUGCCCUCAUAGGCCUCAAUGUGUACAUCCAUGAGGUAUACACAAUUAACUGUGUGCCUAGAGCGACAAAUGUCUCCCGUGCGGGCAGGCGGUUUGGAGACCGAGAGUAAGGAUUGCUUAGGGGCGUAUGCCGUCAGGGGGUUGGUUGUAAAAACGAAACCAAAUUGUUUUUGUAAAAUAUUUAAAAUGUGUGUUAGUCAAUCCCAAAUUGGGAUGCUAUAUGUCGCUUUUUUAGAACCCUUAUUUGAAAUUAGAAAAGUGUGCUGCUUUUUUUCUUAUGUUUUUAAUGUAAAUAAAAUUUGUAAACUAUGUAGAUUUUUGUUUUUUUUUUUUUAUUUUGGGAUUUGAUUUAAUUUGUCUCCUUGGUUUUUAGUUGAUAUGAAUUGAGGACCUGGAGGCCCAUUUUUAGAAUUGUUGAUGGGGACACUUUUUUCUUUCCUUUAUUGAGUCAAAAGAUUUGUAGUGUGUUUCUCAAUCGAGGCGCCCGGGGGGAAUUUCUGUUACGGAGACGUAGCUCGCAACCCCCUCCUCCUGAAAGUAAAAUGGUGCAAGUUGUGUGCACAAAUGGGGAAAGUUAGGAGGGGAGGGUAGAGGAAAGAUAGGAGCUGUCUUUUAGUAUAGGCGAAGAGGACAGGAAGGGAAAUGUCCGCGAAUACACUGAACUGUGUGCCUAGGGCCGCGACAAAUGUCCCCCGUGCGGGCGAGCCUUCAGUGUGGAGACCGAGCGCACGAGAAUUGCCCAGAGAGGGAGAAAAACAAACUGACACUACCUAUUUGCACACAUACUUAUCCCUUCUUGGCAACGAGAUUGAAGUAUGUUGCACCUACACACAUUGUGGUAGGUCAUGGGAACAUCGUUGUGAGAGGAUGAUUUUCGUUGUAUAUUGUGCUCCGCGCACAUUAAAUAAUUAUUCCGGGAUAAAAAGUUCGCUCUAUGUGUUCCCGGGAUUAAAUAGAGCCUGUAUUUUAAGUGAGACCUCUAGGAAUACGUCGGUGAAAACUGCAUUUCGUCCGAAUGAAGAAGUUUACUAGGAUAAAAGUCCCGCUAUAUAUCUUCCCGGGUAGAAAGUCUAUAACCUUCCCAGGGUCUUAAACUAUCUCCACACCAAAUCUCAUGAAAAUCCGUUCAGUAAAUUGUUGAGAAAAUCGAUAACAUACAGACAGACAGAAAAGGGGACUUUGUUUUAUAAUAUGUAUAACUAUAGAUGUUGUUGAUAGUUGAGUUUUUUAGUUAAUCCUUCAGGGCUUCAGCAUUUUUUUUCUGGCGGCAAUUCUAUUAGAUUUGAGACCAUCACAGAUUUCUUUUAGAGUUACCUCUAAUGCCAUAAUUAAGUGAAUUAUUAAAAUAAAUCCCUUGUGAUAAAACAACGGAGCUGGGAAGUAUUUAACAUUUUUCAAGCACUUAUUGUACUUAUAAACUAAUAAUAACUUUUCGCAGUAGUAUAACGCUCGUAGAUAUUAUUUUCAUUAGUUACAAAAGUCAUAGAACAAGUAUACACAAGAAAUAAAAACAAACCGAUUCUAAAUAGCAGUAUCUUAAGAUGCUGACUUAUUUGACAACGUAUCAGCUGAUGUCGCACUUAGAGCCAAACAGAAUUGCAUCUAUUCAUACUGUCCUCGUUUUAAUAAAGAAUCUAAGUGGUAGAGCCACGCUGUAUACAGCACGACUGGGCCGGCUCGACCGGGGUGGUACCACUGUCUCACAGAAUACCGGCGUGAAGUGCUUGUCGCGUUUCGUUCGGUGAGUGAGUUUGCCGGUGCCCAAUACCGACCCGCUAGCGUAUAAUUAUUUCAUUUAUUAUAUUAUUUAUUAAUUAAUUUACUAAAAUUAUUAUUCAGUUAAAAUUUUUCAUUUACUCAAUACAUUCGCUUCUCUAAGUUUGCAAAGCAGUGCCAUGCAGUACUUUGUUUAAAGUUCUAACUGACAUUGCUACUGGGCCAUCGUUUGUCAGAAAAGCGAUUGCCCUACUCAAAUAAAAUCUAUUUAAAACUCUUCUAAUGCUAUCGGGUCGGUUUAUAACCCUUAAAUGUAAUUAAGGUUAGAACUUUUAAUUAUUUUUAUGGGUCAAAAUAACACCCUCUAAUUUAUAAAAAAGUUGGGUUAAUCAAUUUGUCCCUUUCUAUCUUAUAUCGUAAGAUAUUAGAGUGAGAGGGAAAUACGUAUAACACGAUAAUAAAUAUAAAUUAGGGGGAAAAAAAUUGGUGUUUAUUAUUACAUUCGUAAUCGAGGCAAAAUUAUUUAAACGUAUGUACACUGUCAUUGUUUUAUUUUGUGGCAUUACGUCUUAAAUUCCUUUGCCGAGAUUAUGGAUUCAUGCUAUAAAAAUGCGCUGAAAGAACAUAUUGAAGUUAAUAUUUUUUUUUAAAAGAUAUGAACAAUAUACACAUAGCGCGCGUGGCUGUGCGUUUCUUAACGCGCCAAAACGAGCGCUUUUUAAAAAGGGAAUAUUCGGAUAUUCUAUAUCGGAAUAUUUUCUUCGUAUGUUGUUUGUAUCUAUGAAAUUAUUUGUAAGCAACCGAGAGUAAAAUUUUUAAUUCUUAGAUGCAGUGGGUAGGCUUUGAACGUAGUGUUUCGAUGUUUAAUCUCAAUUUUUGAAUCUCGAUGUUAGCAGAAAUAUAUAAUCUCGUAGUGA